AUGGGAGGCUGGAAGUUAGAAACAGGACGAUUUUUUAUGCUUGUCGCGUUUCCCGUAGUUGCAUUCUGGGCGUUCAAUCAACCAACCAUAUUCAAAGAAUUUAUGCGCGGCUACAAAAUUCCAGACAGCAGUGCUGGCGAUAAAGCAAUGGCAAACUUCAAAGAAGAGCUUCUCGCAAAUAAAAGAAAAGAAGAAUACGAGAAAUUCCUUCGAGAGCAGAUGGCGUUCGAAGAAGCCAAGAAAAUUCGUGCAGCACAUGGAAUCUAA